CAAUUGUGAGGAAAUGUCGAGGAAUUGCCGCGCUUGCGGAAAAUUCAUCUUUAAUUUAACGCCGACGGACCUGUUUCAGGAUCCCGACUCGGUAAUGCUCCAUCAGAUCGAGGCGCUAACGGGAUUGUUCUUACUGGGGGGCUCCGAAUUUCCCGCAUACAUUUGCGGACCAUGCGAACUGGCCCUGAUGGAAGCCAUCCGCUUCCGCGAGCGAGUCAUUUUAACACAGAAAACUCUGCAAAGUAAUCCCAGUGUGGCGUUCGCAUUGGAUGUCCUCGAUAUAAAUGAAAUUGAAGGAUGUAUUUUCUUGGAGGAAGCUCCGGAUCAGGCAGUUACCCAGGUUGUGGAGUUGGUCGAGGAGGUGCCUCUGGAUGAGGAGCAGACGCAGGAAGACCCGGCACUGCUGAACCAGUUACAACUGGAUUCAUGUGUAGACAUUCAUGUGGUAGCUGAGGAAGUUAAGGAAGCACUAAGUAAACCACCCACUCCUGCAACAUCUGUGAUAUUUGGCGACAAUAAGGGAAAAUACCAACCCCGCAUUGAUUGGAAUAAGCUCACUGAGGAGGAAACUGUGGCCAUGAAGCGGGAACGCCGCAAGAGGGACUGCAUUUGUGAGCAGUGCGGCAGACAUUUCUCCUGUCCCAGUAACUUUAAGAUUCAUCUACUACGGCACACCGGCGUAAAGAGCUUUGCCUGCCCCCACUGUCCCCAAAAGUUCUACACACCUCAUUUGGUUCGGCGCCACCAGGUGAUACACACGGGUGAGCGACCGUAUCCAUGUCAAUAUUGCGAUAUGGCCUUCAACAACGUGAGCGGACGUAUCCAGCAUGAGCGCAUCCGCCACACAUCCAUUAAGCCCUACAAAUGUACUGAAUGUGAUAAAAGCUUUGCCGUAAGUGGGAAGUUGCGGACACACAUGCUCAGCCACACAGGAAUACGCUCUUUUCACUGUGAAUCCUGCAAAGUGUCGUUUAUCCGACGCUCCCACCUGAUGGCCCAUUACCGCUCCAAGGCCCAUGCCCAGAAUUCAAGCAUGCAGGAGGAUGCUUCCAAGCCGUCGGAUCUGGACGUGGAGACCGUGCUGAUGAUUGACUCGGAAAUAGCUCAAAUUCCUUGAGGAGAAACCUUCAGCUCUGUGUUUAGCCUGUAAGUUAGAUUAAAAUUGUUAAACUGAGAAAAUUCAGUUGGUGUGGAUAAUAUUGCUUGACAAAAUGUCGUAUUUAAAAAAACUGUAUUAGAUCUACCAAGCUAACGUCUUUUGACGAUCUUCCUGUUCAUAGAAAAACAUAAGCGGUGUAAUUUUGCCUAAUGAUAUUUAGGACAUGGUUUAUAACAUCGACUUUGACCAAGUCCACUGGCACUAGUCCAUAGAUCCUUGGACGCAGAUGGAAAUUGAGAAUAAAAAAAAAAAAAAAAACGCAAAUAAAAAGGUUUAAAAGAAGAAACUGUUCACUGUGGAAUUUAUGUAUUAAAUUUGCAUUUAUCUAUAUUCAUUAUAUCUUUUCCAUAUAGUACAAGGUACAUCAGGAAAUUGAUCUUUAUAUGAAGGCACUAGUGGACAUAUCUAUAGACACCGAUUUCUCAGUUAAUUAUGAGUGUAUUUAAGCUUCCAUAACUCAGGAACUUGGACCUGCAAACCUUAAGCUAAAAUUGCCACGAUAAAUUGUUAAUAACUAUAAAAAUAUAGCCUGAUGUAAUGGAAUCUUUGGACCACCUUUAAAGUGGACCAUGCUAGGAAUAUUUCUCAUUCUCAAAUAAAUUUUAGCUUUCACAUACACUUACUUACUUUCACAAAUAAAUUUGAAAUAAAACUUUCACAUACGUGGUAGAUAACUUUAUUUUCUAAUCUUCCAUGUUAGUUUUUUUCGGUUCUGCCUCGAAGUAUUUUUUUCGUUAUUAAUAUGUUAUUAAUAUAAUAUAAUAUAAUAUAAUAAUAGCUAUACAAAUAAACAGUUUCUUUAAGUUUAUAACAGUCAGUAUCGAACUGAUUUAAUUUUUUAAAGUUUCAAAGAUCUAAAACACUCUCUUCAGGGAUAUUUCUUAGUUUUGAUUAAUUUAUUUUGUUUAGUGUAAUUGUAUUUUCCAAUAAGCCGAUGGAAAAUAUGUUUUAUAUUUACAUUUUAUGUAAAUAUGUUUACAUUUUAUCGUGGCUUCUUGGUCCAGGAAAUAUAAAAAUUUCGGCGCGCGAUAAAUUUUGAAAAUUCAAUUCAGAUAAUUUUAGUGUUGUAAAAAGAUUUUUAUUUCAGGGCUGCAAAAUUGUAUUUUGAAUAAAUAUUUGGCAACUCCGUCCCAGACUUCUCUGGAAGUGUUGCCAGAAAAGUUGAGUCGGAAAAAAAUGGGGAAAAAAAUGUUGCGAAAAAUUUAAAUGAAAAUGUUAAAGAAAUGUUAAAUGAUUUUGAACUUUCAUAGAGUUAUGUACUAACUUACCAUAUGUUCGUUUGUUUGGUUCUGUAAAAGUAUCUCCUGCCACCGGUAAUCACUUGGAGCGGCCACUUUUGCUUUGGCGUUUUGUGCUGAUGCACUGCGACAAAAUCCAUCGCUAAAGAGUAAGCCGGAAGCAACAAACCAUCCGUACCGGAAGAAUCGCGAUCAGUGGCAGAAAAGUUAUACGGCGGGCGAUUCUGGC